ACAAUCAGAACAACCAUGUCGACCGACUACAAAUUCGAAGGCUGGCUCGGCUAUGAUGCUAAGGCUGCUGAGGGUAACAUGAAAUGGGGACAGUUCGAGCCCAAGAAGUGGAGCGAAGAUGAUGUGGACAUCAAGGUCUCUCACUGCGGCGUCUGCGGCACUGAUCUCCACAUGCUCAAGUCCGCCUGGGGGCCUGUCCCUUACCGUAUGCCACAUGUCCAUCUCGAUGUCCUGGAAUGCUUGACUGAUUCUCUCCGCANNGCCUGCUGUGUUGGACACGAGAUCGUUGGCAAGGCCGUCAGGGUCGGCUCGAACGUAAAGCACCUCAAAGUUGGUGAUAGAGUCGGUGUCGGCGCCCAGUCCGACUNNUUUUGUGGCGAAUGCGAGGUCUGCCUAGAGGGCAACCCCAACCACUGCUUGGCCGGAACCCAUACCUACGGGUCCAAGUACAAGGACGGCUCUGGAGACUCGUAUGGUGGCUAUGCGACCUACACCCGCCACCCAGCUCGAUGCGUGGUCAAGAUUCCCGACGGUCUCGACAGUGCCGGCGCAGCCCCCAUGCUGUGCGCUGGUGUCACCGUAUACUCGCCGCUCAAGCACAACGGAUGCGGACCCGGCAAGAAGGCCAUGGGAGCUGAGGAAGUCGUUGGCAUCUCACGCAAAGCUGACAAGAAGGACGAUGUUCUUAAGCUUGGUGCCGACCGCUACAUUGCUACCGACGACGAUCCAGACUGGGUAUCACACAACAUGCGCUCUCUGGACCUCAUCAUCAACACGGUCGGAAGCGCCAACAUGCCCCUAGACGGUCAUCUCGCUCUGCUAAAGGUCAAGGGAACCAUGAUCCAGGUCGGUAUCGCGGACGGUGGCGUCCUUCCACCCGUCAGCGCGUUCAGUCUUGUCAUGAGCGGUGUCAAGUUUGGCGGUAGCCAGAUCGGGCCCCCCGAAGAAAUUGCCGAGAUGCUACAGCUGGCGGCCGACAAGAAGAUUCAACCGUGGAUCGAGGAGCGUCCUAUGAAGGAUGCCAACGCUGUACUGCUGGAAAUGGAAGCUGGCAAGGCUCGCUACCGCUACGUACUGGUAAACUAG